AAAGGAAGACAAUAAUAAUGAUAAUAACAAUAACAAAAUGACAAUAAUAAUAAUAAAAGGAUUGGAAUAUACAAAAGAAGCGAUGCACAAUGCAAUUGCUCACCACUCGCCGUCCAAUGCCCAGUUAGUUCCCAAGCAGUGAUCCCUCCCAGGCCAACUCCCCCCAGUUUAUAUACUGGGCAUGACAUCACAUGGUAUGGAAUAUUCCUUUGGCCAGUUGGGGUCAGCUGCCCUGGCUGUGUCCCCUCCCAACUUCUUGUGGCCCUCCAGCCUUCUUGUUGGCUGGGCAUGAGAAGCUGAAAAAUCCUUGACUUAAGUCUAAACACUGCUUAGCAACAACUGAAAACAUCAGUGUGUUAUCAACAUUCUUCUCAUACUAAAUCCAAGACAUAACACUAUACCAGCUGCUAGAAAGAAAAUUAACUCUAUCCCAGCUGAAACCAGGGCAUGUGGGCUUAUCCAUGGCCACACACUUUGAGAUGUUCCAGCAUGACCUCACUCACAGCCACUGAUGCUUCAAGGUGUACCUGCUGCAGCAUGGACUUAUCCACAGUCAUAGAUGCUUCAAGGUGUACCUUCUCCAGUGUGGACUUAUCCUUGGGCCACAAUACCUUCAGAGGUAUACCUGCUGUGGAAUAGACAUAACCAUGGCCACAGACACUUCAGGAUAUACCUGCUCUGGCGUGGACUUGUCCAUGGCCACAGACACUUUGGGGUGUCCUGCUCCCACGUGGACUCAUCCACAGGUCACAGUCCCUUCAACUCAAGUUCACAGUGGAUUUCCAACCUGUUCAGUAUAGGAGCACAGAAACAGCAGUGAUACCCUGGCCAUCUGCCAGCCCAGGCACAUCGCCAUUGCUAUUAUCAAAAUGUUCCCAGGCACAGCAGAGUCGGAUGAUAAGCAGUACUGCAAGCAGCGAAAGCAAAAGGCAGCCACUAACAAGCACUAGACUCUAAUACACAGUAAGACGAAGCUGCCAGUGUUAUUCAAUUUGGUAAAUCAGCCAAGCGAUCACCUGAGUCAACUCAAAUUGGGCAGUAUGGGAACGGCUUGAAAUCGUAGGGGUUCCAUGCGGAUUGGGAAGGAUUUUAUCCUGUUCACGAAGAAAGACAACACCAUGACUUGCCUCCUCUUGUCACGGACAUUCCAUGAGGAAGAAGGCAUCGAUGAGGUCAUUGUUCCCCUGCCCACCUGGAACGCACGAAGCUGGGAGCCUGUGACUGACAACAUGGAGAAGUUUUCUAUUGAGACGGAGCUAAUUUACAAGUAUUCCCCUUUCAAAUCAGAACAGGAAGUGAUGGAGCAGUUUAAUAAGAUCUGUGGUGAGAAAGGCACCCUUGUGAUCAUCUUUAACCUCAAACUAAUGGAUAAUGGAGAGCCAGAGCUGGAUGUGACUUCUGACCCCCAAGACAUUCAGAUGGCAGAAACACCCCCAGAGGGCACAAAGCCUGAGCGCCGGUCCUUCCGUGCCUAUGCUGCUGUGCUUUAUAUUGAUCCCAGAAUGAGGAUCUUCAUAAAUGGACACAAAGUACAAACCAAACGACUUUCAUGCUGCCUGUACAAGCCAAGGAUGUACAAAUAUACUUCGAACCGUUUCAAGACCCGUGCAGAACAAGAGGUGAAGAAAGCAGAGCACAUGGCGAGGAUAGCGGAGGAGAAGGCUCGUGAGGCGGAGAGUAAAGCCCGUGCCCUUGAGCUGCGCCUAGGAGGGGAUCUCACGCGAGAGUCCAGGGUGACGCUACGUCAAGUCCAAAACUCCGCAAUAACCAUGCGCCGGGAGGCUGAUGUCAAGAAAAGGAUCAAGGAUGCAAAGCAGCGGGCGCUGAAGGAACCCAAAGAACUGAAUUUUAUCUUUGGUGUGAAUAUUGAGCAGCGCGAAUUGGAUGGCAUGUUCAUUUAUAAUUGCAGUCGACUGAUAAAGAUGUAUGAGAAGGUGGGCCCACAGCUGGAGGGUGGCAUGGCAUGUGGUGGAGUAGUAGGCGUGGUGGACGUGCCCUAUUUGGUUCUGGAGCCUACCCAUAAUAAACAAGACUUCGCUGAUGCCAAAGAGUAUCGACACUUGCUGAAGGCCAUGGGAGAGCAUUUGGCUCAGUAUUGGAAGGAUGUUGCUAUAGCCCAGAGAGGUAUCAUCAAGUUCUGGGAUGAAUUUGGUUAUUUGUCAGCAAACUGGAACCAGCCGCCAUCCAGUGAACUCCGCUACAAGCGCCGGAGAGCCAUGGAGAUCCCUACCACAAUUCAGUGCGAUGUAUGUCUGAAAUGGCGGACUCUCCCAUUCCAGCUGAGUUCAGUGGAGAAGAAUUACCCUGAUACCUGGGUAUGCUCUAUGAACCCUGAUCCUGAACAAGACAGAUGUGAAGCUGCAGAGCAGAAGCAGAAGGUGCCAUUGGGAACUCUGAAGAAAGACUUGAAAUCACAGGAGGAAAAGCAGAAACAACUGACAGAGAAAAUCCGCCAGCAGCAGGAGAAGCUGGAAGCACUGCAGAAAACCACUCCCAUUCGAUCUCAAGCUGACUUAAAGAAACUGCCUCUGGAAGUGACCACACGGCCUGCAGAGGAGAACACCCAGUCACAGACCCGACCUCAGCGCCCACGAUCUCCUCCUUUACCUGAUGUAAUCAAGAACGCUCCCAGCAGACCACCACCACCACCUGUGUCUCUUCCCAAGUCCAUCAGUCAGCUGAAAAAGAGCUCUUCACCUUGGCCAAACAUCAGCACUCCCAAACUGGCAAGCAUGCUCUCCAAGGAGGAGGCCAGCACUUCCAGGACACACCAGCACACUGUGACAGCUGGAAAGUCCAACAGCGCUUUAAAAACUCUUGCCAAACCAGGUACAACAACGAAACCACCUUCUGCUGUCCUGCAGAGCCCCAAAAGCUCACGUGAGACACCCAGCCCAAAAGCUGCCAAAGUGCCAGCACUGAAGAAAUCUGCCACUGUCAAAUACCCACAGGCCUCCACCACUCGGAAGAGGACCUUGAACACCACAGAGGAUGGGUCUGAGGAUGAGGGGGAGCACAAGAAGGAGAAGGCAAAACGGGGCAAAUUUGUGGCAGUGAAAGAAGAGAAGAAGGAUUCCAGUGAGGUGGUGGUAGAGCUCACAGACAGUGCUGGGGAAGAAGAUCUGGCAGAACUGAAGAAGGCUCAGAAAGAUAAAGGGCUGCAUGUGGAAGUGCGUGUGAACAAGGAGUGGUUCACGGGCCGUGUCACAGCUGUGGAAAUGGGCAAGCAUGCAGUACGCUGGAAGGUGAAGUUUGAUUAUGUUCCUACAGACACCACACCAAGGGAUCGCUGGGUAGAGAAGGGCAGUGAGGAUGUGAGGUUGAUGAAGCCUCCCUCUCCCGAGUACCAGGCUCCAGAUACACAGCAGGAAGGGGAGUUUGUUGUGGCUGAACCUUCUACCUCAGACUGUGUCAGAAUUGAGCCAGAUACCACUGGUCCCAGCAGCAGCCAAGAAACAGUAGACUUACUAGUCCAGAUUCUUCGAAAUUGUUUGCGGUACUUCUUACCUCCAAAUUUUCCUAUCUCCAAGAAGGAGCUGAGUUCCAUGAGCUCGGAAGGGUUGUUGGCGUUUCCCUUGAAAGAAUAUUUCAAACAGUAUGAGGUAGGUCUGCAGAACCUGUGCAAUUCAUAUCAGACACGUGCUGAUGCCCGGGCCAAAGCCUGUGAAGAAAACCUCCGCAACUCAGAGAGAAAGCUGAAGGAAACGGAGGAGAAACUGCAGAAGCUGAGGACUAACAUUGUGGCCCUUCUGCAGAAAGUGCAGGAGGACAUUGAUAUUAAUACAGAUGAUGAACUGGAUGCAUAUAUUGAGGACUUGAUCACAAAAGGAGACUGAGCAGCCCCAGUACAAGUUCUAGAGAAGUGCAGAGGAGCUGGUUGCUGCGAUGGGAGAUGUGGAUUCCUGCAGUAGAGGACUGUGGCAGCUGAUGAGGAGAGAGGGUUUUUAGACAGUACUUGUGUUGGUGUACAACUUGUUCUUGUGACUUUACAUAAAAAAGAGAUUCGUGCUGUUGGCAGGAAAAUUUUUAACAUUGUAGUUCUCUGAAUCUCUUCCUUUUGUUUAUAAAUAUUUAUUUUUAAAAGAAAUAGGAACUGUGCCUGAUAUGAUGGGAGGGUUGCUGUGUGUUUUUAGUGAGGUAAAAGUGUGAGUACCCUUUUUGCAUCUGGGGUAUAUUCAUGUGCUGAACCUGGAAGACGAGAACAUCCUGCCUAGUAGGUUGUCUCAAGUAAGAACCUGGCAGCAACUUAAAAAUAAGCCUUGAGUUAUGGAAGAAGAGGUUAGGACUUAGACUUUGAAGAUACUGAACUUGGGCUAGAGAUAGUGAAGUCAGGAAUUUGAGCUACACGGAGGAGAUCAAAACACAUUCCCUGUGUAAGCGUGAGUGGAGGGGAUGAAAUCUUGGUGGUUCUGAGAGGGUUAGGGGCAGGGGAUUGGCACUUGCCAGUGCAGUGAGGUUCCUGAAUAUGAGGUCUCCUCUAUAAGCAGGUGGAGUUGUCACCAUGCUAACAGUCAGAGGCUGAGGAUCCUUUUAGAAGAAGAUGGCCUCUUAGGCUGCUCACAGUGGGUUGUGAUCAUCAGAGGGAGAAAGCUGGAGCAGAUUCUUUUCUAGCAGUCACCUUAUUGCACACUUUUGCUGCUAUUUCUUUGAGGCGAAGUUGCAACAGCAGAACUCCUCGACCAGCUGAAAAUAAAGUGACCCUCUGUUCUGUUGUCA